CUUAUCCGUGACACCGCCACCGCAGCGGCGGACCGCACGGCUGUCCCCGCAGCCGCGGGGCGGGGCGGGGGCCGCGGCCCUCCCGCAUCCCCUCAGCGCGGCCGGCGCCGCCCCCGCCCCGCGCGCCGCCGCGCUCGGCCCCCCAUUGGCUGCGCGCCGCCACGUGCCGCCCCCGCCGCGCGCCGGCUCCGCUACCUGCGGCGGGGCCGCGCCGCGCCUCAGAGCGCCGGGGCCGCCUGCACCGCCCGCACCGCCCGCGGCUCCGCGGGCUCCGCAGCGGCCACAGCGCCCGCCCGGGCCCAUGCGGCGGCGCGGGGCCUGCGGGCUCGGGCUGGAGCAGCCGGCAGGAUGUGCCCCACCGCCAGCGCCGGAGCUUCCAGCAGUGCUGAGUGACAAUAACUCUGUGAAGCUGAAAAGUGAUCAUUCACCUCCUGUGCAAUGGUGUAAGGUGGCUGCACAUGAAGAUGAGAAGACCAAGCUGGUUUUUAAAAGAAUUCUUGCACUGUUUGUGGUUGGAGGGUGCUUCCUUUAUAUCCUCAAAUUACAUCUUGACCCUGAGGAAUGUGACAGAACAAAAAUGCCAUAUGUGGACCUCAAUCGUAGGGCACAGCAAUUUGCCAGCGCCGUGCUGCAGGAGCAGUGCCGACCUUCUCAUGCAAAGAAUGAGAUGAAGAAGUUGUUAGCAGAGAAAUACAGCAUGGACAUCUCUCCCUUUGUAAGGAAAAAUAUGAACGAAGAUGAAGCUUUAUUUAAAUAUGCACCUCCUUUUGGAUUUCACAAGUUCUCUGAUAAACUUAAAGAUCUCCUUGAACUCUUACCUGAGCAUGAUUUACCAGAAGAUUUGAAGUCAAAGCCCUGUAAGCGCUGUGUUGUUGUUGGCAGUGGUGGAAUUCUUCAUGGAUCAGAGCUGGGUCACUUACUGAAUCAGUUUGAUAUUGUUAUAAGGUUAAAUGAUGCACCAGUGCAAGGCUACACGGCUCACGUUGGUAACAAAACAACAAUACGCAUGACUUACCCCGAGGGAGCCCCCCUUUCUGAGCACGAGUAUCCUCCUGAAAGCUUGUUUGUGGCUGCCCUGUUUAAAGGAGUUGAUUUCAACUGGCUUCAAGCCAUGGUAAAAAAUGAAACCUUGCCUCUGUUAAUGCGACUCUUCUUCUGGAAGGGGGUUGUUGAGAAAAUUCCUUUGACACCAAAGCAGUUUCGGAUUCUGAAUCCAGUCAUUAUCAAAGAGACAGCUUUGGACAUUUUACAGUUCCCUGAGCCUCGGUCAAAAUUCUGGGGUUGGGAUAAGAAUGUACCUACAAUUGGGGUCACAGCAGUUGUUCUGGCCACACAUCUUUGUGAUGAAGUGAGCUUAGCAGGAUUUGGAUAUAACCUGGAUCAGCCCAGCACACCUUUGCACUAUUACGACAACCUCUGCAUGGCUGCCAUGAAAGAACAAACUAUGCACAAUGUGACAAGUGAAACAAAAUUCCUGCAAAAACUGAUCAAAGAAAAAGUUGUCAAAGACCUCACUGGAGGGAUACACUGUGAAUUCUGCAGCAAAGACAGCUAGUGACCUUCUUGCAGCAUGGAUAGGAUUUGUUACAUUUCCAGAGGUUCUGCUGGAUCAACCCUUUCCUUCUCUUCAGUUCUUUAAAGUGUACAUGAAAUGGACAUGGGAUCCCUGCUGCCUUUUUUAAUGUCCCGUUCAAGUUGUCAGACUUUUAAAUUAAUUUUCCUGUGAGAAUUUACUUUGCACAUUUCUGUGAAUAGCUGUGUAAAUAUCUUGUCAAUUCAGCUUGGAGUUGAAAGACAUCCAUUUAAUAUAUUUAAUAUUUUAAGUUGUCAAAAAAAGCAGUUUUUUUGUUUUCAAAUGUAUAUGGAACACACGUGGCUGGCCUGAAUUGUCUAACAGAAUGUGCAAGAGUUAUUUUUCCCUGAUCUGCUGUCUUUGUUGAUCCAGUUCUUGGUAUCAUGACUCCUUUUCAUGCAUGCCAUGAAAAGAAAGGCAUAUGCUUCUCAAGUCUUGCAUGUCUUGAACUUGAGCAUUGCAUUUACUCCUCAAAUAUUUAUAUUCUUUUGCUAAUACAUUUUUGGGGUGGUGAAGGACAAAUGUAGGAGUGGAGUUGAAGGAAAAAGAAUUGUUGUGGCAACAACGGAGUAGUAAGUACUUUGAUGUUCAUGAUUGAUAUUAAAACCAUUGAUGUAUUAAUGUUUUGGGUUAGAAUCCUGCUUUGUGAAGCACGUUUGGGCCCAGGGCACUCUAGAAGAGGAUUUAGCCAGGAGGAGGCUUUAACCCAAACCAGAUCAUUUGUCAUUUCCAUUCCUGAAGACCUGCCUAAAUGUUUCUAACUAGAUGAUUUGCAGCAGAGUUCAGCUACCCCAAUUAAAGAAGUGGCAUUAAUACAAAAUCUGCCCCUUUUUUUAAAAUUUAUUUUUUGAAUGACUUGAGAAUUGCUGGUUCUAUAAAACACUAGUUUGUAUCACUCAUUUAGCAAUUCUAAAAUCUAUUACUAGAUUACAAUUUCCACUGGUUAAUUUUAUGAUCCUUAAGUAAUUAAUUAUAGAUAUUAUCACCUUAAUAGUUUGCAAUGCUGAUAACCUUUGUGAAGUCCAGACUUGACUAAUUGGAGAGGUAGAAUUGUUGGUUUUCCCCAAGUCAGUAAUUGGGUGAGUGUAUAAGUUAAGAAGAAAAUCACUUUAAGAAAGAAGCAUAAUCGAGUAACAAGGUAGAUAACUGCUGAAAACAGCAAAUUUAAAAAACAAAAAUAGGAAAGAAAGCUAUAGAUGUAUAUUCUUGGGGGUGGAAAUCAGUGCACUGCAAAGGCACUGGGCUGUGCAGACCUGUGAGCAAGUUUUUAUGUUUAUAUUUUUGUUAUUAGUAGAGUAUCAGGUUUGACUGUUUGCACUGAGGAGUGGUGUUACUCAAUCUACAGCAUGAGAAAAAAGCUUCCUUUGGCAGUGGAAGCUUGUCAGUAAAUCAAUCAAAAGUUGGCCUAGAAACAUUGCUAUUAGUCAUGGACUCUUCACCUGGUGAAUGUUCCCACUUUUCUUUGUUAUGGAUGAAGAGAUUAAUGAAGUUGUAGUUCUAAAUUUUAAAAACACUCAUGUGGAAAUGCAAGAUUAGGGUGGUUGUGUUUUGGGGUUUUCUUCACUGGAGAGCAGAUCUGAUGAAUGAUAAUGUUAGAAUGCAGGAGCUCACUGAUGCUCACUGCUGUACUGAGAGGCAACAAAAGGACAUCAGAUCAUAAAGCAUAACUGAAGAAAGUUGUGGACCUCAUCUUUCCUAAGUCCCACAUGUCUAUAGGUCCUUCAAAGCCAGUUGUGGGGGUUGAACAAAUUAGAAAAUCAGGAAUUCUUGUUUCUGGCACUAUCUGUGUUGAUAGCAAUAAUAUUAAUGUAGCCUCCUCUUCCAUGAAAAGCAUUAAUUUUUAUACUAGCAAUAAAUUUUUAGUUUGUUUUUUUUUUAAUGUAUAUUAUUUAAUUUAAAAAUAUUUCAUGUGUGAAGAGUUUUAUACAAAUAGUCCUUUAGUUAAUAUAUUAAAAUGCAGUAACUGUUUUCUCCUGGUAUUUGAACUGGAAGCAGAUUACAUUAAUGAAAUUUUGGAGGAUUUCAGAAUGUGUGUGUUGGGAGGAUGUCUUGAAUACAUCAGAAGUCUGUAUGUCUGAGCACGUGGUCCCUCACCACUUUGUUUUGUUCAGCAAGUUAAAAAUAAUCAGUUGAUUAAUGUAAAUGCCAAUAGCUUUUUGGAGAUGCUGUAUUUACUGUCAAAUUUGCAAAUUGUGUGGAUGUAGGAUUAGAGUGCCUACCUGUUUUAUGGCUUGUGAUAAAACCUUGUUCUCCAUGGUAGUCUGUGCAGACUCAACACUCCAUGAAAUGGCAGCAAAAGGCAAUAAACUGAUGAAACCACUUUCUAUUUA